AUGAUCCGCAGACGUGGAGGACCGAAUGAGUUACGGGCUGAACCGAGCAACAUAUCCGACCAUGAGGAUGAUCAAAGAACUAAAAGAGGAAGAGAAUCAAUUGGGUUUCGCCAUUGGAUUUACUUCGUGUUAACUGUUGCUGUCGUAUAUGCUGGAGUAGUUGCUUUGCAUCGAAGAAUGCCUGCUGUUCGAGACGGAUCAUCUUUUGAAGAAUUCAGUGAGCAGAGAGCUCGUGUCUUGCUGAAACAACUAACUGCUCUCGGUCCUCGUCCCAGUGGCUCGGCUAAUUUAGAAGAAAAAGCGUUCGGUAUGAUUCAAGAUCGUAUUGAAAAAGUUCACAGCGUUGUUAAUGAUAUUGGAGUGAAUCGCAUGGAAUCAGACGUUCAACGACCAUCUGGAUGUUUUGAUCUGAAGUUUCUCAGUUCAUUUACUCUUUGUUACCACAAAAUCACGAAUAUUGUUGUUCGUAUCGGACCAAAGGAAGGGCCGUCUGGAAACUCUCUUCUUCUCAAUUGCCACUUUGAUACAAUGCCUGAUACUCCUGGAGCAACUGAUGACGCAGUUGCUUGUACUAUUCUAAUGGAUGUUCUCGAAGUUUUGGCUCAUUCCAAAACUGAACUUCAAAAUGACGUCGUUUUCCUCUUCAAUGGAGCUGAAGAAAAUUUCCUCCAAGCUGCUCAUGGCUUCAUCAAUCAACAUCCAUGGAGACAUGACAUCCGAGCGUUCAUAAAUUUGGAAGGAACUGGUUCGGGUGGACGUGAAAUCCUCUUCCAGGCUGGACCAGGAAACUCCUGGCUGUUACAAACAUACUUGGAGAAUGCUCCCCAUCCAUUCUGCUCGGUGUUGGCUCAAGAAAUUUUCCAAUCAGGAAUAAUCCCAUCAGAUACUGAUUUUCGAAUUUUCCGCGAUUAUGGACGAAUCUCCGGACUCGAUAUAGCUUAUACAAAGAACGGAUGGUUUUAUCACACUGAAUUCGAUGAAGAAUGGCGCAUCGAAGCCGGUGCAAUUCAAAGAGCUGGAGAGAAUGUUCUUGCUGUUGUUCGUGCAAUUCUCGCUUCGCCAUAUCUCGAAAAGCCAGCAUCAUUUGACGAAGAAAAUCGAUGGGUAUUCUAUGAUGUCGUCGGACUCUUUACUGUUUACUAUUCUGUGAGCUUUGGAAAACUCCUCAAUUAUUUGGCUUGUUUCGCCACAUAUCUCCUUGUCUUCCUUCGAGUCAGAAAAGGAGUUUACUCGAUCGGAGAUCUGACUGCUGCAUUCAAACACCACGUUGUUGCUCUUAUUGCUAUGACUGUUACGAUGCUCGUCAUCAUUGCGUUUGUGGUACAGUUUGAUCUUGUAAUGUGUUGGUAUAAGAUGCCGGAAAUCGUUGGAGCACUGUAUGUUCUUCCAAUGCUGAUUGCUGGAGCCAUUGUUCAUUCUCAUUACGCUGACAACAACCGCAUCCGAAACGUUGAAAUGGUCCAAUACGACACUAUCCUACUUUCAUUUGCUUCGAUCCUCUUCUUGAUGACAUUCUACAACCUUUCAUCCGCUUUCUAUGUUCUCAACAAUCUCAUUCUACCAGUCUUCAAAGACAUAAUCAUCUGGACUUUGGGAAUCUUCGGAGUAAUCCGACGUGUUACUCCUCGAAUUCUGUUCUUCACACAACUCUUCUGUUUCUUACCAACAUUUGUGUUUGCUGCUUAUGCCAUCAGUCAGUGUGUCGACUUCUUCGUUCCAGUUAUGGGAAGACUCGGAAACGCUAUCAACCCAGAGUUCAUUAUGGGUCCUAUCGGACUUGUCAUUGCAUCCAGUUUUAUUUUGUUCGUCAACAAUCUUUUCUACAUUUCCCGCCGAAUGAACUACAUCAUCAGAGUCCUGUUUGCCAUUUUCGCACUCUUCAUUCUCGUUUUGAUGACCACAAAAGUCGGAUAUCCAUACGAGUACUCUCAUGAAAAUCCCCGUCUUCGACGCAUUAUUGCGCUUCAUGCCAACAGGACUAUUUACGAUUUCGAAGGUCAUCUCAUUCAAAAAGACAAUGCUCUAUUUGUCCAUUCACUUGAUUACCGUGGUGCAUCAGAUCUGCCAUCUCAUUCAUUCUUGCAAGGAAGUUCUGCCCCUAACUGCACAGGUGUCGCUGACGAAUACUGUCGUAUGCCAUAUUAUACUGCCAUUCAUGAGCUAUUUCCACCUGAACAAUCGCUGUGGGUUCCUGUUCCAUCUCCAGUUGUACUUCCAUACCCUAUUGACUUGCAAAUGGUUUCGCGUCAAGUAGUUGGAAACAAUUUGAAUCUCACGUUCGAGAUUCGUGGUGGUUAUGACAAAAUGUCACUUCACGUCACUCCUUUGAAUGAUUACGAUCUUCUCUCCUGGUCGUUCACAGAUAUUGAUAUCGAGGAGUUUGGACGUAGACAGACUUAUUUCGUCUUUAUGACUUAUGGAUACGAAUCACCUAGAGUUCGCCGAUUCUGGAUUCUUUUGGAACAUAGAAACGGAGCUGCCUCGGAUCCGGAAAAACAUGAGAACCUCGAAUUGUCUGUUGCCACCCAUUAUGCUCAUGGAAUCUACCAGGAAACCGAGACGUUGAGACAACUGAGAGCGAUGAUUUCAUCUAGAAGACAAACACCAGAGCAAGCUGUAGGAUGGUGGAGAUGGGGAAUCACGAUGGUCGGUGGACGCUCAGAAAUCGUUGUCAAACUCUUCUAA